AUGUCGGAGGAUCUGCCUGGUACUGACGCGGUCCCAUCUGUGGGCACCGCACAUGCCGACGAUGCUGCAGCCGCAACUAAUCGCAAUGGAAAGAGUGCACAACGACCCAACAACAACAACUACAACAACAACCUGGUCCAUCUCCAGGCCGAGGAGGAACAAAGCACAUUGAUGCUGCGGACUAUGCUGGAGCGGAAAGACCUCCAUGACACAAAGAUGACAGGAUCUGAUGGGGCCACCGUCACGGCGAACCUAUGCGUCAUGGUCGAUGGAUCCGACUGGUUCUGCAAGGAGUCGAAGAUAGACAGCACCAAGAAGGACUUCACAUUCGGGGACUACCAAUCGACUGUUUUGAAGAAUGUGGUGAGAAUGGUGUAUUUGGGAGAUUGCAUUCUGCCCCCACCGGACUAUGACGAAGGAACCACCCAGGAGGGGACGAUGAAGUGGUGCGAGGAAGCGGUAUCAACAUGCAAAGCGUACGAGUUCUUUGGAAUCCACAAUAUCAAUGUAGGAAACCAUAUUGACUCUACUGUAAGGGAAAUCCUGCAUGACACCCCUCACCUGGCGCCCACUCUGUUGGAUACAUGCCACCGUCAUGCCCGUCCCCCGGCAGAAUUUGAGGAGGAAGACGAACCUAUCCUGCAAGUUCGCGUGUGGGACAUGGUGCUCGAAUGUGUGACAAAAGAGAAAAUCGAUAUUGUUUUUUGCUCGGAUGGAGGAUGCUUCCAAGGCCUGAGUCGAGUAGUCAUGGAGAAGCUGGUCUCCAACCAAGAUAUAGACGCGUAUUAUCGAUUCAAACUAUUGAAAGCCUGGGACGAUGCCAACAACAGGGACGGAAGUCUGUCAAGAGAAAUUCGGGAGAUGGCGAAGGGAAUUCCCAUUGACCAGAUCAAUCCAUCACUCGUCCAAAGCGAUGUCCAACCAAGCGGAUACUACUCAGAUAAUCAAAUGUUAGAGGCUUGGAAGGAACUAGCUCUCAUCUGGUCUAGGAAGCGAAGGAGGAAGUAUUCACAGAGACAAGGAGUUGGCGUUCCCCUUUUCUGCUGGGGCAAAAGAGAUUUGAGCAAGCUGGGGGACUGGGCUGCCUACGGCAUCAUUCUUUUGGAUUUGCAAUGUGACCAGCGACAGCAAAACCAGAACAAUGACCAGCAAAAGACACACAAAAGCAACCAUUUCGAUUCUUCAUGUAUAAUCUUCAUGGUACCGGUACCCCGGAGAACACCUAGCUAG